AUGGCCACCGAUCAAGCUACGCUCCGCCAUGCGGCGCGCGAGGACAUUCCCUCCAUCCUCGCCAUGGUCUGCGAACUAGCCGAGUACGAGAAGGAGCUCGCCUCCGUCGAAGCCACCGAGGCCAAGCUCGAAGCCAGCAUCGCCUGGGCCCCCUCCACCGCGGCCUCGUCCGCCAACACGACCGAGCCCAUCACCUCGACGAAACCCGCCCGGUGCAUCCUGCUCUUCCCGCCCGGCUCGCAGGAGCCCGCCGGCAUGGCGCUCUACUUCUACAACUACAGCACCUGGCGCGCCUCGUCGGGCAUCUACCUCGAGGACCUCUUCGUGCGCCCGGCCUUUCGCGGCCGAGGGUACGGCAAGAGGCUGCUGGUGGAGCUGGCGCGGCAGGUGCUCGAGAUCAAAGGCGGCCGGCUCGAAUGGAGCGUGCUCAAGUGGAACGAGCCGAGCAUCAAGUUCUACAGGGCCAUCGGCGCGACCCAGAUGGACGAGUGGGUGGGCAUGAGGGUGGACCGGGAGGCGCUGGUCAAGUUGGCUGGCGGGUUGGAGUGA